AUGCUUAAAUCGGGAAUUGCGUUGCUUUGUGCACUUCUGCCAUUGAUUUCAAAUGGAGCUUUGGCGGAGACGGAAUCCGUUUGUCUUUUGAAGGACCCCCCAAAUCAGUGCGGAGGAUUCUGUCUUAGUGUAUUGACGCCGGUGCUAAAUCACUUAACUUUACCCAAGGAUCAAAGGAAUACCAGUGAGGCGAACAAGGCAAAUGAAGUCCUUGUGCGACAGUACACGAUGGAAAGCCAACUGAGUUCUCUGGAGAACCAACAAACGAUUUUGGGUAUCAACCAGCAGAACUUGACGGAGAGACAUGAUGAUUUGAAAAGGCAACUGUCGGCCUUACAGGAAACAUUAUCCAGAGUGGAAACCAAAAUCAAAUAUGUGGGAUUCGAGCAAAUCGGCUCGAAGUACUUCUACAUAGAGAAAUACUCUGAGAAGAAUUGGUCCAGUGCUUCAAAAACUUGUCGUCAGAUGGGAGGUAACCUGGCGGACAUUAAGGACGAACAGGAACUGAUCGACCUUCAGGCGAAUCUCAAGGGGGACACCCAUUACUGGUUGGGAAUCAACGACUUGUUCAAUAAGAGUGACUACUUGUCAAUUGCUACAGGAAAGCCAGCUCCCUUUUUAAAAUGGGCCAUUGGCAGUCCCACCCAAUUGAACACUAAUAAUUGUAUAUUUCUAUAUAAUGGUGGAAUGUACGAUUACUCAUGUAGCUAUAAAUUUCGAUUUAUUUGCCAGACAGAAUAAGAAUAUUACUUGGAAUUUUGGAACCUUAAUUUCUAAAAUAUAAAUAUGUAACUCUAAGAAAAUAAAUAUUCAUUGAUCAUGCUGUAAU